AUGGCUUCCAUGGGGCUGCAGGUAAUGGGCAUCGCGCUGGCCGUGCUGGGCUGGCUGGGCGCCAUCCUGAGCUGCGCACUGCCCAUGUGGCGCGUGACGGCCUUCAUCGGCAGCAACAUCGUCACGUCGCAGACCAUCUGGGAGGGCCUGUGGAUGAACUGCGUGGUGCAGAGCACCGGCCAGAUGCAGUGCAAGGUGUACGACUCGCUGCUGGCGCUGCCGCAGGACCUGCAGGCGGCCCGCGCCCUCAUCGUCAUCUGUAUCAUCCUGGCCGUGUUUGGCGUGCUGUUGUCGGUGGUGGGCGGCAAGUGUACCAACUGCGUGGAUGAUGAGAGCUCCAAGGCCAAGAUCAUGAUUGUGGCCGGCGUGGUGUUCCUGCUGGCCGGUCUGCUGGUGAUGGUGCCCGUAUCCUGGACGGCUCACAACAUCAUCCGCGACUUCUACAACCCUCUGGUGGCUUCGGGCCUGAAGCGGGAGAUGGGGGCCUCGCUCUACGUGGGCUGGGCCGCCGCUGGCUUGCUGAUGCUUGGCGGGGCCCUGCUCUGCUUCAACUGCCCGCGCCGCAACGACAAGCCCUACUCCGCUAAGUACUCCGCCGCCCGCUCCGCCCCAGCCAGCAACUACGUCUAA